AUGGCGUCAGAGAAAUCUUUGACCAUACUUGGCUGUGACUUGCCUUCUUCAUUGAUGCUUAAUGCUAUCAACUUUAAAUCUUUGAUCCAGUUGGAACUUACAUUGGUCCCCUUAAAUGAUGAAGUGAUCACGUAUCUCGCCACUAGUUGUCCUCUUCUACAAGUACUCGAUAUUGGCAUUUGUAGUGGUUUUAAAAAAGUUUGUGUUUAUGGCCAUCAACAUCUUCAAGAACUUAGAAUUACAUAUGACACUCCACUUGAGAGAAUAGAUAUCGAAGCUCCAAAUCUAUCUAGUCUUAGGAUAGAAGAUGACGAUGAUAUAGGGGCACCACAAAUGAACUUGGCUUUAUGCAAAAACCUAACAACAGUGUCUUACUUUGGGUAUCUUUCACCAAACUUGAGUUUUACUGACUUUGUAUCCAGUUUCCCCUUCGUUGAAAAUUUGUAUUUGGCUAUUCAUUAUAAUUGCAACACCCUCAAGUUGUCAAGCCCUUCCUUAAGGACAUUCAUGUUAGAUUCAAUGUGUGAUUUCGAAGACAUUGAGUUCAGUACACCCAAUUUAGUUUUCUUUUCUUACCCUUGUGGUUCUUAUUCUACCUGGCCUAUGGCAAUGCAUUCAACCCAUUUGAAAGCAUCUAUGCAAUGUUAUCCCAAUCGUUAUACAUCCGGACUUUGGUUCCAGAAGUUAAGGCGACUUUUGGACAAGCAAAAUGGGUUCAAAGUUUUGAACUUGUAUAUUGAUGCUUUACAUAGUCAGACCUUCACAAAGUUAGAGAAGCUAAAGGCGAUUGAAUUGCCACCUUAUGAACUGGAGCAUGUUGAGCUAAAACUAGACACCAGUGAAGAAUCAUCAGCUCAUGUUGCUUUUGUAAAUGCUGUACUUUGGUGUUGCCGUCCUCGUUCUCUAACUUUAAGAUCAUCCGUUCCUUUUGAAGAACAAAGUGAUGUUGUCAAGUUUACAUACAAGAAACUGCUUGAACAAGAAGAUCAAGGCCAUACCAAAAUUCAGAUCGUGUCGCCUUCCUCUUCCGAAGCCCAAAAGCACUUGAUGGACUUGAAGUCGUUGUCAAUGGCGUCACCUCGUGAAGGAAAAACAAUUAGCUUCAUAAAGGAAGAAGGUACACCUUUUUAAUGAGCUAAUUUAGAAGUCUUAUCAGUCAAGACUAAGGUAGGGAAGUUAUUAGUGAAAACUGAUAAAUUCUACUUUUUGAUAUUUAAUAUGUAGUGAUGCUUUGAAUCAUGACUAUUUACUUUGAGAGCUUUUGCUUCA